AUGAAAAUAUCUCUGAAAUGGUUCCCAUUUUAUUUUUUUUUAUAUUUUUUUUUUUUUAAACCAGUUUAUUUUUCAAAUGGAAUAACUCAGGCAUGUUCUUUUGUUCUCAGUGAACAAAACUCAAUUUGUCAAGAUACUUAUUCUCUUGAAAUCAAUUUAAAUCCAAAUAAUUAUAACUAUAAUCCAUAUUUUAUCACAAGUGAUUUAUCAUCAUUUGUUACAUUACAAACAUCAACUACUCAAUUAUUUUUUGGACUUUGGUCAUUAAAUUUUGGUGCUGAUACAACAACCCAAGUCGAUAAUAUUUAUGGAAAUCAACAAACCCAUCAAAUACCACCUAUUUUAAAAAUUAAAUAA